UUACCUUACCUCUUUGUCCCUCUGUCACAUGCUGUGAAAUUUCAUCAUCCGCUUUUACUUUUUCUAUUACUCGGACUCCUACCAUUACCGGUUAUUUUUCCUUUGGUUUUACAUCCUAUAGUCCUAUACCCAUUACCCCACACUUUAUUAAGCGCUCUCAUACACACACAGCCCGAUCAGCUAAUGCCAUCUACUCUCAAACACAUUCACUCUUGUAUUCGUUCUCUCUUGCUCUUCACCAGUUACUCCCGUUUUGAGCUACAAUGGAAAUAAUGGAGUACUACUACAAGAGGAGCCAUGUACCAGCAUUUGGGAGCUGGGAUUGGAAUGACAACCUUCCAUUCACAGAGUGCUUCGAGACAGCGAGGGAAGCUGGUUGGCUUCCAUACAGUUACUCUGACCAGUCUGAGGUCGGCGACCUUUACGUUACAGGGGACUUGUAUGCUAACGAUGUUGUCACACCCGCCAUGAUCGUUGUUCCUCGCACACGGGCAAAGGUGUGUGACCAACAUGAAAAAGAAACAAGAAAGAAGAAUUGGGGGAGUAUUGAUAAUGAACAACUAAGCUUAACUCCACUGCAGAGACCUACGCCCAAACCUGUUGAUGAGGAUUUGUAUAAGAUAUCACCUGGCCUUCUUUAUGAGAAAACUAAAAAGAAGAGAGGUUUGUGUUUCUUUUCUUGCUGCUUGUUGCCAACUUGCAUUGCUUGAAUGAAACCCCAAGAAGUGAUCGAGAAGCCAAUGUACAUAUACGUGAUAAUAGAUACUCAAUGGAAGGAUAUUAAUGUAAAAUCCCCAUAUUACUCAUGAUUGUUGUGGAAAUGUUCCUGCCAAUUGAAGGGCUUUUUUUUC